GUCAUGAUGGAGGAUCUCCGGCCCCUCACAUCACCAGAUGAGGAAGAGAGAAGAACAGCGGAGAGAUGUCCCAGUCCUCUUCUUCCACAGGAUGGUUCAGAAAAACAUCACAAUGUCCCACAGGAAGAUCAGGUAGAUGAAUAUAAGGACAUCAUGAUGGAGGAUCACCAGCCCCUCACAUCACCAGAUGAGGAAGAGAGAAGAACACCGGAGAGAUGUCCCAGUCCUCUUUUUCCACAGGAUGGUUCAGAAGAACAUCACAAUGUCCCUCAGGAUGAUCAGCUUGUGAAUCCGGGUGAAGGUCUGAACAAUAUUAAUCCUACAGAGACAUAUGUGAGGGGUGAUGAGCAGAGUACAGAGGACGUUCCUACAGAUAACUGCCCAGAUGACUGUACCAGGAACUUAGAGAAACAUCUGGUAUCUUCAGAUUUUGAAGUAGAUCAUUGUUUUAUCACACGAGAUACAUUUGGAAAGCAUGCCAAUAUCCAAGAGAUACCCUCAUCCGUUCACAGGAAAAAUUUAUCAUUUGAUAAUUUUAAACAGGUCCGAUCUUCUGAUUCAUCAUACACUGUAACACAAAAUGAAAGUCACAGAAGAGGUGUUCACAUAAGAGAGAAGCCAUAUUCAUGUUCAGAAUGUGGUACAUGUUUUAAGCAUAAAUCAACUCUUGUUAUACAUCAGAGAAUUCACACAGGAGAGAAGCCAUAUCCAUGUUCAGAAUGUGGUAAAUGUUUUAGGCAGAAAUCGACUUUUGUUGUACAUCAGAGAAUUCACACAGGGGAGAAGCCAUUUUCAUGCUCAGAAUGUGGUAAAUGUUAUAAGUAUAAAUCAGCUCUUGUUGCACAUCAGGGAAGUCACACAGGGAAGAAUCCAUUUUCAUGUUCAGAAUGUGGGAAAUGUUUUGAGUAUAAAUCAGCUUUUGUUACACAUCAGAGAAGUCACACAGGGGAAAAGCCAUUUUCAUGUUCAGAAUGUGAUAAAUGUUUUAGGCAGAAAUCAUCUCUUGUUAUACAUCAGAGAAAUCACACAGGGGAGAAGCCAUUUUCAUGUUCAGAAUGUGGUAAAUGGUAUAAGCAUAAAACAUCUCUUGUUAUACAUCAGAGAAAUCACACAGGAGAGAAGCCAUUUUCGUGUUCAGAAUGCGGUAAAUGUUUUAAAAAAAAAUCAAAUCUUGUUAUACAUCAGAGAAAUCACACAGGAGAGAAGCCAUAUUCAUGUUCAGAAUGUGGUAAAUGUUUUAAACAAAGAUCAGAUCUUGUUGCACAUCAGAGAAAACACACAGGAGAGAAGCCAUAUUCAUGUUCAGAAUGUGGUAAAUGUUUUAGGCAGAAUUCGCCUUUUGUUGUACAUCAGAGAAUACACACAGGAGAGAAGCCAUAUUCAUGUUCAGAAUGUGGUAAAUGUUUUAACAAUAAAUCAGCUCUUCGUAGCCAUAAGAUAAUUCACACAGGAGAGAAGCCAUAUUCAUGUUCAGAAUGUGGGAAAUGUUUUAAGCAGAAAUCACAUCUUGUUGCACAUCAGAGAUAUCACACAGGAGAGAAGCCAUUUUCAUGUUCAGAAUGUGGUAAAAGUUAUCACCAAAAAUCACAUCUUGUUACACAUCAGAAAAUUCACACAGGAGAGCAGCCAUUUUCAUGUUCAGAUUGUGGUAAAAGUUUUAGGCUUGAAUCAGUUCUUGUAAGAUAUCAAAGAAUUCACACAUAAGAGAAGCCAUCUUCAUAAAACUGGAUUCCCACAAGAGCUGGUGUCCAGACAUAUGGAAAAAAGGGCGUCAUUCACACUUGUAAAUAGCCAGUUACUUGCAGUCAAGUGGAAUGACAGAUAGGAUGUCUGCAGUCUUUCCACUGAGCAUGAGGACAGCACAGGGGUAGUAAUAGAGAGAGGGGCCACCACUGAUAAGAGUAAGUCUGUCUGCAUGACACAUCGUAAAUCUAUGGGAGUAGUGUAUCUUUCAACCAUACCUGGUGAAGCACAAAACCAGGGACUGAUAUAAAAAGAUAACGAUCUCUCUAUUCCAGCACCAGUUUGUUCUAUCUCUAUAAGUAUUUGUCACAUUACAUUACAUCAAAUAUGGGCUUGUCAGGAAACCGUCAGCUCUGGUCUUACUGGGCACAUUUCAUUAGUGAUGUUGCAUUAGUGCAAGUUCUCCCAAAAAGUGACCUGGGUGAGGAUUGCCUCAUUACAUAGAAGCCAUUACUGGCCCUCCUAAAGGAAUACCAUCUUAAUCUGAACACCCUGACCAAAAUUUACCUGUAGAUAAAUCCAACAAGUGGGGUCCCCGCCACCCCUGUAUUUGUAGAAGUCAUGUGGUUCACUCAUCUCACAUGAAUUUACCAGUGGGGGAAUCCUUGGUUAUUUUUUAUUGUAUGUCCCACCAGCUCUGGAUUGUUUAGUUUUAUUGAAGAUGACUUGAUAUCAAAUGUAUUUAUUGGAUAUGUUGCAUUUUUGAUCAUUUUGUUUCCUAUGACUAUUCCCAUUCCUAUUAUUGUAUGGUGAUACGGAGAUGAUAUGUUUUAUUUGGAGGAUCUCUAAUAUUCAGGCUGUUCCAUGGGCGCAGUUACAGUUUUGUUUGGGGUUUUAAUAGGAUGUCUUACACCUGACAAUAUUCUAGAAGUAAUGACAAUACCUCGGGGGGAGGGGGGGGGGGGGGUAGUGAUCCUUUACUGUUCUCAUGGAUGGUUUUGGACACUGCCCCUUAAUAUAUUGUAUAGGUGAUUGCUUGUUUUGUGCACAUACAGUAGUGUUUCUACUUUGCCAGGCAGGGCCAUUAUGGUACAGAAGUAUCACUAGCCACAUCUGGAUGCCCCAGUUACAGUGAUGUGUAAAUGUCCCACCUGCCAAAAUAUAUUUUAAAAGUAUCAAAAUCUAAAUAUAUAAAGGGCGUAUAUAUGUCUGUAUGUUCGUUCCGCGAUCACUCAAAAACGCAACCAUCGAUUUCAAUGAAACUUGGUAUACACAUCCCUUGCUACCUGGAAAGAAAUCUUGCGGGGGUCUCAGCUCUCUAGGACGUACCAUUCCUGAGAUAUUCCCCAAAAAUGACCUACAUUAGCCAAUACAAGACUGAAAGUCUUUCUCUUCAUAUCCCAACUGCCAUACACACGGUCACAUGUCCCUUAUCAGCCAAUAGAGACUCGCAGGCCCUUAGCCACAGUAUUACACCAGGUUUCCAUAACAACCCAGCCAUUUUCCUAAA